UUCACCCAUUAAAGUAAGAAAUAGGCUAAGAAACCCCAAAACAGUAGGCCUUUUUACUUAUUAGAACUAAGAGAAGCAACACGUAAGAGAGACGCACACUACGGCCACGCAGCGAAGAGAGACGCACACCACGGCUAUACGAAAGCGAAGAGAACCAACCCGAAAGAGAUACGCUCUUACGCCCACGCAGCCAACGCAAGGAAGAGAACGGCUAUACGCAGACGAAAAGAGACAACAUGAAAGAGAGCGAAGCGGCAGAGACGCCGCCGAUCGGUCUUACGCCCACGCAGCCGAGGAAAAGAGCCGACGGCGAAGCAGGCAAUACACACACGCAGCCAUACACCCACGCAGCCUAGGCCGGCAGCCGAAGGCGGCGCAGCAGCGAAGCGGCAGAGAAGCUGCGAAAAAGAAAAGCCGAGGCCUGGCACGGUCCAGCGCGAGCCAAGCUCGGGAGUGAUCUCGGAGGGCUGAGCCAGACCGGUUGUGCGGCGGAAGCCAAAAUAGAUGUGAAAAACUAGCCGUGACCGCGCCGUGUACGCAAUAAGCCGUGUUCGCCCGCACGCGGUGAAUAAAACCAGCUGUGACCGCACCCACGCGGUGUGCAAAGGAAGCCACCGAAGUGACGAGGACCCGCCGUGGGAGAACAGGACCCAAAGAAGGGACACAAGGAUCCGACAUGGACAACCCAAGGACGAGCGACGCACAGCCUCUAGAGGCAGAGGAUGGCACGGAGGGGCAUCCUAGGGGUGCGUCGCCGCCCAGCUCAAGGCAACCACCUUCCACGACCAGCCAACCACAAGCAAGACACCACUCCCCGACCCCGCAAGCAGAACCGGGCAACACCACACAGCAUGGACCAUCAACAGGAGAACCCAAACGGCCCGAUCCCGGACACCAGCUGGGACGACGGGUGGCACGCCAGACUGCACGAGUGGGACGCGCAGGAGGAGGUGGCAGCCCCGGAAAGAAGGGAGAAUCCCGAUUGGCAGCCGCUGGACCACGCACCAAUGAAGUGGCUAUCGCCAGUUCCCACCGACCACAACGCCCCGAACCCGGAACCGACGAGCUGCACGGCCGGAGAGGCCGAACCAGGAAACCCGAGCCAACCAAAGGAGGACAGCGACCUGUCAUUGGGCUUGAAAGAGGCAGAAGUGGGCGGACUGCUCACAGCGUUCGAGGAGAUGCCCGAGCUAAACGCGCUGCAGGAGGAGCAGGAAUGGCCAAUCGCCCCAGUCGCCUGGCGGGUAAGCACGCCUGACCGCCGCAUCCCGCAAAGCCUGCUGGAAGGCGCCAGCGCUCAGGCAAACGCGGCGCGUCACGGGCGCAGCCGGAUUCGCAGCCUAGAACACCACGACGGCUAACGCUUCCGCGUAUGCAUCAGCGGAAAUUUGGUGCGCAUUCACCGCGCCCCACCCCGAAGUAGGAAGGGAGUGUGAAGGCAUAAGCCUCCACAACACUGACCACGACACCAUCCCCUGAAGGGAUCGCCCCGACGGCUUGUUAUCUAAUUUCAUUAUUAUCUCAGUUCAUUAUCACUAUUAUCCGAUUUUAUUACUUCUAUUAUUAUUAGUAUUACCAAGACAAACAACAAUGAAUCCUUAUUUUCACCCAUUAAAGUAAGAAAUAAGCUAAGAAACCCCAAAA